AUGGCCUCCGAGUCGCUCAACUCGCCCAGCGGCCAAUUCCGCGGCCGCAGCGAGGAACCCGUGGCUUCUGGCCGAGAGAGUACGCCACAUGCAGCGCGCGGAGCCAGCGCAACGCCUCCCCCCUUGGCCUGGUUUCCCCUAGGCUACAGGGAAGGCUUUAGUCAAUGGUGGGCGUCUUUACCCGCCGCCACAGCCGAACACAGAGUUCUUUCCCACCUCCCUUAUCUCCAGCAUCAACCCCCAACCCACCUCCAGACCGGUAAAACGAGCAAUGUUUCCGGAGGCACAGGCAGUCUCCAGUCCGCCGAUCAAACCCAACAGGGUGAGGUAUCUGCCAGUUCUACCAAUGAUCCAUACGGCCCCCGAAUGUGGCGCUCCAGCAUGGUGGAGCUGAGCGGGAAGAAUCGGGCUCUGAACGAGUUCUCAGUCGAGCGCAUUGGUGAAGAAGCAGAUCAACAUCUGGUCAUGCUUCAUGGAUACGGUGCUGGUCUGGGGUUCUUCUAUAAAAAUUUCGAGCCGCUUAGUCGCCUGAAAGGGUGGCAACUCCAUGCGCUGGAGGAAUGGCGAGUCAAGCGCAACAUCGACCGUUUCACACUCCUCGGCCAUAGUUUGGGAGGCUACAUGGCCGUGGCAUACGCUCUCAAAUAUCCGGGGCGACUCAACAAGCUUAUCCUAGCUUCCCCCGUGGGAAUCCCAGAGGAUCCAUAUGCUGUGCGGGCAGAGAUGCCUGCGCCAAACGAGUCGACUAUGGCGAAUGAGCUCACCCAGAACCAGCGCAAUAUCGCCGAAUCCGCCUCUUCGGUUCCCCCCACUGAGCUUCAGAAAGGCGACAACAAUAUUCUGCUGAAGGGUUCCCCUACAAAUAGUGGUGCUUCCCCGGACCAGCCGCCCCGGCGCAUGGUGCCCAAGUGGUUCGCCUACCUUUGGGAUGCCAACAUCUCCCCCUUCAGUUUGGUGCGAUGGGCGGGACCGCUUGGUCCGCGCCUGGUCUCCGGGUGGACAUCCCGGCGCUUCUCCCAUCUCCCGGCAGAGGAGGCCAAGGCUCUGCACGACUAUUCGUAUUCGAUCUUCAGCAUGCGCGGCAGCGGCGAGUACGCUCUAUCGUACAUUCUCGCCCCGGGCGCUUUUGCCCGCAGCCCGCUAAUUCGCCGCAUCGAGGGCGUCGGUCGUCAAUACAUCCAGCAAAACCCAUCCCCCGCAUCUGCUGUCUUCGAGUCUGCGAAGGCCGCAGCUGCAACUACCACCUCCCAGUCUACUUCAGAAUCUUCCUCUACCAACUCUGCCCCCUCCCAGCCCCCCUCAACAACACCUAAGCGCGAAAACGGUCUCCCCAUCAUCUUCAUGUAUGGCGACCACGACUGGAUGGACGUGAAGGGCGGAUUAGCCGCGAAGGCUAAGCUGGAUCAAGAGAAGGAGCGUAUCCUGCAGAACGCGACGGUAGAGGAACGCGAAACAGACAAUGGCUCAGCCAAGGUGGUUGUCAUCAAGAGGGCAGGCCAUCAUAUCUAUCUAGACGGAUGGGAAGAAUUUAACCGGAUCGUCUUGGCUGAGAUGGAGCAGGUGGCUGAGAAGGAGAGAGCUAAUCGAUCUUCAUAG